AUGCUCGCAAACUUUGCCAGACGAUCAUUCAGCUCUGUGCUGUCUCGUAAUAGCACUGCUUCAUUCUCUGCUUUGAACUUCUCCACUCAAGCUGCUGCAGUCGAUACUAAGAAUGUGAUCUCAUUCAAGAUCUAUCGUUACAGCGAGGAGUCUGAGAAGAAGCCAUACAUCCAGACAUACAGCUUGAACCUCAAGGAGUGUGGACCUAUGAUUCUCGAUGCUCUCAUCCACAUCAAGAACACUCAGGACCCAACCUUGACCUUCCGUCGUUCAUGUCGUGAGGGUAUCUGUGGAAGUUGCGCCAUGAACAUCUCUGGAUCAAACACAUUGGCUUGCAUCAAGAAGACAACAGACGCUAUCGAUGGUGGUUCAAUUGCCAUCUACCCACUUCCACAUAUGCACGUCGUCAGAGACCUCGUCCCAGACCUCACUCACUUCUAUCAACAACACAAGUCCGUCAAGCCAUGGUUGGAGCCAGCUGCUAACGCUCAGCGUCACAACGGCAAGGAGAUACUCCAAUCAAAGGAGAACAGACACAAGCUCGAUGGUUUGUAUGAGUGUAUUUUGUGUGCAUGCUGCUCGACCUCGUGUCCAUCUUACUGGUGGAGUGAGGGUGGAGACGGAGGCUACCUCGGCCCAGCCGUCCUUUUGCAGGCCUUCCGUUGGAUCUCUGAUUCUCGUGACUCGAUCCAGCGCGAGAGACUGGCCAACAUCUCGUCUGACAACCUCAAGCUUUACAAAUGUCACACUAUUCUCAACUGCACUAGAGUCUGUCCAAAGGGACUCAACCCAGCUCUUGCCAUUGCCAAGAUGAAGCUCAUGUUGGCUCAC